CAGCUAAGCUGGUAAACGGCGCUGCCACUUUGUCGAGCGACCACGACGUGCCACGGUUCCCCCGGCUUUCGUGAAAGGAGAGGAGGAUAAGCACUUUUCGGCGGACACCUCGCGCGGUGUCGUCCUCUGAAGCGCACGGUCGUCGUGCCAUGUCAUUCUAACGUAAACGUCGCGGGUGCGGUUAAUCAUCGAUAUUCCUGGAACGAUAUCCCGGAACGCCAAUUUCGCUCCCGUUGUAGAAGAACAGGGAUCCGAACACUUGACUUUAAGGCGAUGGCGAGCUUCAUUAAUUCGACAGCGCAACUCAUUAGCGAUGCAUACGACUACUACCUCUGGACCCUGUCCCUCGCAGACGAGAGGACGAGAGGUUGGUUAUUGGUUGAUUCACCGCAACCAACGUUAAUAUACACGCUGUUAUACCUCCUCAUUGUUUGGGCGGGUCCUAAGGUCAUGAAGAAGCGGAAAGCUUUUAAAUUAACCUGGGCGCUGGUGCCCUACAACCUUGCCAUGGCCUUUCUCAAUGCUUAUAUUGCCAUUCAAUUAUUUGUAGGAUCCACGAGAUUACGAUACAGUUAUGUGUGUCAGCCAAUAAGGCACGUUACGCGCCCUGGUGAACUUCAGAUUGCUCACGCGGUUUGGUGGUACUACUUUAGCAAGCUUCUGGAAUUCUGCGACACGUUCUUCUUCAUCUUGCGUAAGAAGGAUAAUCAGUUGAGCUUCCUCCACGUUUACCAUCAUUCCACCAUGUUCUCAUUGUGGUGGAUCGGUAUCAAAUGGGUACCAAGCGGAUCUACUUUUCUGCCAGCGAUGGUAAACAGCUUCAUCCACGUGCUGAUGUACUCGUACUACGGGCUUGCCGCGUUGGGCCCCUCAGUGACCAAGUACCUUUGGUGGAAAAAGUACUUGACAAUCCUCCAGCUCAUCCAGUUUACGACCGCUUUAGUUCUGGGCAUCAACGGCAUUCGAUCGGGAUGCGACUUCCCUCUUUGGAUGCAGUACGCACUCGUGAUCUACAUGCUCUCCUUCAUCGUUCUGUUUGGGAACUUCUAUGCCAAAGCUUACAUCGCAAAGGGUAAACAAGCGUACGCGGAGAAGCGACUGGAGAGGAUAAAAGCCGCCAAGGAGAAAUCUAUGAACAUGCAACUAACUGCUGACGCAACGUUCAGCAACGGAACAAUCGCGAAUGGACACGCGAACGGUUACACGAACGGGGUGACCAAGAGGAAGGCCCAGUGAACCUCCUUCUGAGAAUCUCUCGAGAAUCCGACGAUACACGAUGCUCGGGACACACAAUAAGAAAAAAUAUAGUCACGGACAUUAGUAAUCUAGUAGUCGGCGAGGAUCAGUAUCAACGGUAGUUAUAACGUACUUAUAACGUAAGAAAAAAAAAGAAGGAAACAAAAAAAAAUAAGUGAGAAAGAAAAACAGGGAUUUUAUUUUGUGUUCGCGAGGCAACGUGAUCAGCAACGUGAUUCCAAAGUUAUCGACACGCGAUUUCUCCUUCAUCUCAUUGUCAGCUCAAUCAACUGUACAUUCGCGACACAACGCUGAUUUCUCAGCAUGAUUGUAUAUAUUAAAUGAUACAUACAUGCCGGAGGCGCUCUAGAACCGGAGUACGUAGUGAUUAGCGCGACAGGUCUCAUACACAUACUGAGGGAAGGCCUGAAACGCGACAGGGUUCUACGUAAAUAUCAAAAUACGGUCAAAAGAAAACAAUCUUCUUUUAAAAUCAGAGUAAACAAGCUUAAGAAAUCUUUCUCUACAAUUAAGAUUAUUUAAAACAAAUAGUAACGAGAAGAAAGAUACCUAUAGAUAAGAAAUAGAUAAACAGAUCGGAGGAAGGUCUAAUUAUCUGUAGAUGAGCGGAUGAAAAAAAAAAAAAAUAUUAACAGCGGAAAAACUUUUAAUGGAAGGGUAUCUCUUUCUUUCUCGUUUUGUUCGUUACGGGAAGAUUCGAGUUGCAUCUAUUGUAAGAGAACAAAAGAGGCCCUUCUCGAAAGUUAACGCGCUCGAUUUUCUGAUACGUUUGCAAUGAAAUGUAUGCGAAAUAUUAAGCAUGCGUUGAUUUUUUUUUAAUUAAAUUUCGCGAGCGACAUCACGAACGAGUCUUGAAUGCAUAAACGUUUAAGAAACUUUAACAAUAACGCGCGCCUAUAACGUAAUUAAUUUUCAACUGAUUGUGAGAGAUGCACGAAAGUUCGACCUUUUUAUUAAACAAUUGAACACAUUUGGAUAAAGGAUAGAUUUCUUAUUCGUUUCUAAACGAUGUAUAUUUUUAAACAAAAACAAUGUAUCCAUCGGUUAGACGCAGAUUUUUAUACGGACAUUUUUCUACAACGAGUAAUCCAGGUGUGUACAUAUGCAAAUGACGCGUUUUUGUCGCAGUGAGAAUUACGAUAGCAGCAAGAAAAUUGUACAAUGGAAGAGAAACAGAAAGAAAAUUUUGCAGAAAGCAGAGAAAAUGUUUAUAUCAUGACGUGUUUUCUCUUAUUCGCGUAGAAUCUGCUUUUCAUCCACAGUGCGAUUCAUAUUUUUAUCCCAGGAAUUUACAGAUAUAGAAACUCUUAGCCCUUGUAUAAGUUACAAGAUAAUCAUUUCGUGACAAUAGUUUAUUAUUAUUUGCGAAUUGUGUGUUUUCUUUCAAUAUACAUAUUCCUCAAUCUCUUUUAGCUAAUUAUAUUAUUGUUAAUGUAUUUUAUCUAAUUAUUACACUCACAUAAUGUAAUGGAUGAUGCAAUUGUUAUAAAAAUGGCAUUGCUGCGCAAUGCUUAAACGGAAAAAAAUGCAUUAUGUUAAUGAUUUA